AUUUAUUGAAAUGACUCAAUCGUAAUAGUCAAAAGUUACUUAAUUUAUUGCGGUUUAGGGAGAACACAAAAUCUAUGAUAUCUCCGAAAUUUUCCGCGUUUUAACUGUGGUCCCACUGAUUCGAUCCACAGGUUCAAGCGUCCACGGGUUUUUUACCCGUUGUCCUAAAUUAAUUUAUUUUUACCAUGGUCCCACCGCACUACGUGGUAACCAUUUUUUAUCCUAAUUGGUUAUUUAAAAAAAAAUCCAGACAGCCAAAUGUAUGAAACAGCCAAUUUUUUUUCGGGGUUGGUCCCAUACUAAAAGUUGCUCAGUAUGACCUAUAUAUUCACCCCGUACAUGAUUGCAGGUGACUAAAUAAACACUCUGUAUAGUCAAGAUUAUUGUACAAGCGUUAAAGUUGCCAUUGCCACCAGCGUUGAGAUAACGUUUGAAAAAAUAUUGAUAACCUCAUGAACCUCUCUCUAUUAAUAUCUUAUUUAGUAUUGCAGCAGUUUCGUAGUAGCAGUACCUAUGUUUUAACUCGUCGACUGACAAGGAAAAUAAAUAUAUAACUUUUUGAAAUUUGUCUUAUAUACGCUCAGAAGUAUACUCGUAUUAGAUGUCUAACACGGACAGAUACCAGCUUUGGGGCGGAUGCUUCUCGGAGGAGCCCUCAGCAGUACUACGGCGGCUGAACGACUCGCUGGCAGUCGACUCCCGGCUGUACAGAGAAGACAUCGCCGGCAGCCGGGCCUGGGCACGUGAGUUGCACCGCAGCGGACACCUGUCUGAACAAGACAACAGCGCCAUCCAACUUGGACUUGAUAAAGUAGAAAAAGACAUCGAAAAGGAACUUUCCCAAACCGGUCGCCUCAACGACCCAGAAGAGGAUAUACACUCGGUGGUGGAGCGGAGACUGCACGCGCACGCGGGCGACGCGGCGCUGCGCUUGCACACCGCGCGCAGCCGCAACGACCAGUCGGCCACAGAUACUAGGCUGUGGAUGCUGACUUCGCUACCGACGCUGGGUGCUGCACUCAAGCAACUUAUUGAGGUUCUAACUAAGCAAGCAAGCGACGAAUUAGACAUUAUCGCUCCAGGUUAUACACAUCUCCAACGUGCUCAACCAAUUCGUUGGAGUCACUUUCUAUUAAGUUAUGCAUGGGGUCUCCGUGACGACGUAAUGAGGCUAGGAGAGCAGAUGGGCCGUCUCUCGAGGAGUCCGCUGGGCAGCGGCGCCAUAGCGGGCUGUGCGCUACCGAUUGACCGCUCCAGGCUCGCUCGGUCCCUUGGGUUCCAAGAUAUCACGCCCAACUCUAUGUUCGCUGUAUCUUCUCGAGAUCAUAUUGUGGAGUUCCUUAACUGGGCGGCCCUAUGUGGUGUACAUCUCAGCAGGCUAUCGGAAGAUUUAAUCAUUUAUAGCUCACAAGAAUUCGGAAUUAUCCGUUUCUCCGAUCAGUUUUCCACUGGCUCCAGUCUAAUGCCUCAGAAGCGGAACCCCGAUGGUUUGGAGCUGGUUCGAAGUGCCGCCGGGCUACUGCUUGGAGACAGUUUCUCGUUCAGCUGUGUCCUUAAAGGGCUACCAAGCACGUAUAAUAAGGACUUGCAGUCUGAUAAGGAGAUACUGUUCAGAUCUUAUGACAGAUUGCUCGAUUGCCUCAAAGUCGUAACGGGGGCUAUUAGCACAAUGGAGGUGAACAGUAGUAGGGCAAUUAGCUGUCUCGAGCCAGACAUGCUAGCGACGGACUUAGCACACGCAUUGGUGCGGCACGGCGUGCCUUUUCGUCGUGCGCACCAUUUGAUCGGCGUUGCCCUGCGUCGUGCUUCGGAGCUGGGCGUCGACUUGCAGGGACUGCCGCAUAACGAAUACGUUGCUAUAAGUCCAGAAUUCGGUACAGAGAAGGAGCUGGCCUCUUUGUUCUCGUGGGAAUCAAGCGUGGAGCAGUACUCGAGCGCGGGUGGGACAGCCAAGCAGGCCGUGGAGCAGCAACUUGAAGUGCUGAAAGACUGGCUGCGAGGACAGCCGCCCUGCUCCCUGGUCCCUAGGCCGGAUGAAACGCCGUACCCUUGUGGUCUAAAAUGAACUAACACAUUUACAAAGUGAUUGCACAUUGAAAAAUUACUUAAUAAAUCUGAAGCAAAACAAA